AUGGCAGCCUCAAACCCAGUUAUCAUCAUCAUCCACGGAGGCUGGCACCUCCCCCAGCACUACGCCAAGCUGAGCAACGGCCUCGAGGGCGCCGGCUUCGAGGUCCAUAUGCCACAGUUGCCUUCCAUGAACGGUGCCAUGCCACCAACGGCAGACUUGGCCAGCGACACGGAGUUCAUCAAGGCCUACGUGGAAAAACUUCUCGACGCCGGCAAGACCGUCAUCGCCAUCACGCACUCGUACGGCGGCCAGGGCCUCAAGGGCGCCGUCGCCCACCUGAUCUACAUGACCGCCUUUGCGCUCCCCGAGGGCAUGUCGAUGAUCGACCAAGUGGUGCACAUGGGGCACAAGGAGCUGAUACCGCUGGCGUUCGACUACCGCGAGAACGGCACUGUCGCGGACCGGGAUCCGAGGGGACGUCUCGUAGGGGCGUGGCACGACGACGCAGAAGCAGAUGCUUAUGUGGCUGCGCUGGGGAUCUGGGGAGCUAAGCCCAUGCAGCAGCCCGUGGAACGGUGUGCGUGGAGGGAGAUUCCGGUUACGUACAUCGAAACCAGUCAGGAUGGGGAGGUGCCGCUAGUGUACCAGGAGGAUAUGGUGGCGAGGAUGAGGGCUGAGGGGGUCGAGGUCAAGACGGCGACGCUGGAGACGGGGCAUUGUCCUAACUUCACGAUGCCCGGGGAGGUGGUCAAGGUUGUGGAGGGUGUUGCGAGUGCGAUAUCUGGCGCGGCAUGA